AAUUUUUCUUAACCUCACUUUUGACUCCUGUCAACACUUGUCAAUUUAAUAAUUUGUGUAGUUUGUAAACAAGAACAAGUUUUUGGCCUUUUGUGUACCAGAAAUGUAUUAUGGGAAUUAGAGUUGCUUAAAAAGGGGUAGAUUUUGUGUCGUGGAUCUGUUAUUUUUCAACAAUGUCUGUUACUUUGAGCCGUGAACAAGAAGCUUUUCUGGAAGAAUGUGCUUUGGAGUUUUCGGACAGAUUCACCGACGCUGAUUUUGAAUACAAGAGAAUAUACGACUUGGGGAUCCCCAAACCCCCAAUAAUGUGCCAGUGGUAUGGCAAAGCUCGGUUUAAUCGAGACAGGGGUGAAAAUCGAUACAAUGACCGCAGAGACUACCGUUCUGAUCAUUACAGAGACCGGAACUCUUAUCACAAAGAUCGAAAAUACAGGCCUUAUUAA